AUCAUCCGGUUCGAGAGACCUCAACAAGGUCAACCCGGCAUCACCCUGGCUAACGACCUGUCUGGAGGUACCGGGGGUCCCGGUGCAGGCGGCGUCGGUUCCGUCGGGGGCACCUCCGUCGGCGGCGGCGGUGGCGGCGGUUCAUCGUUGCCGACGACCGCCCUAAGCCUCGAUCAUCAGCAGUUCAACAUAUUUCCCGCGAUUUUCAGCAGGCAGUUGAACUUUUCCGCGGCGGCUGCCGCCAACUGCGGCCAGAACAAACUGAUGGACGAGUUAAGGCCGAACCUCGGCUUGCUCGGUGUCGGCCUCGUCGAGAACGAGACAUUCCACUUGAACCAAGAGAAGAGAAAGUGCAGCAGCACGAGUUCGAACGAGCAAGAUUUCAGCCUUUACGGGGUGCACCAAGGACUCGAGGCUAGCCCGCCGACACCGGCCGCGACGCCGGGAAGGAGCAGUGUUGGGGCUACUUCCACCGUUGGCGCGGAAGGAGCGUUUAAGAAACUAAAACCUGACCCCUGUGCUUCGAGUCCUCACAUAGGUCAUACGCCAACCACCGCCAGUUGUCCAACACCUGCUCGACGACGGCACAGGACUACAUUUACGCAGGAGCAGCUGGCAGAAUUGGAAUCGGCAUUCGCAAAAUCUCAUUAUCCAGACAUAUACUGCAGGGAGGAAUUGGCAAGGUCCACCAAAUUGAACGAAGCUAGAAUUCAGGUCUGGUUUCAAAAUAGAAGAGCAAAAUAUCGGAAACAAGAAAAACAACUUCAGAAGGCUUUGACUCCAAUUCCUGCUUGUCAAGGUGCUAUGAUGAGAAAUAUAUAUCCUGGUGCUAGCAGAGGUUAUCAACCAUAUCCUCAUCCUCAUAAUAGCAUAAAUGGAAUAAAUCGCUAUCCUCAGAUGGGCACGACGUCCUAUCCAAGUAUGACCCAGCCAUUUUCUAUGUCACAUUCAGCGUCAAAUAUGUCUGCAGUUACUGGUAUGAGACAAGAUGCAAUGGGAAUGUCAGCCGAAGAUGAAUGGUACAACAAAAGUAUUUCUGCUCUGAGAAUGAAUACGGCACAUCAUCCUAACCUCGCUGCGCCAAUGCUACAAUAUCAAACAUAAUUGUAAACGUAUACGAAUGGAUGAUUCGACGAAAUCGUUAUGAGAUAUUAUAUUUGACUGCGUAUCUUCAUUCAGACAAUUGAAAACGUGUUGUCAAGAGAAGAAGAGGAAAAAGUUGUUUCAAAAAUACUAUGAAGCAUUAAAUUAAGAAAAAAAAGUGAAACGAAAUCAAAUUAAAUCAUGUGACAUUUUACACAAGAAAAAAAAGAACGAAAAAUUCGAAUUUCCAAUAGACACGAUAGACACGAAAGUAAAUAAUCGUGUUCCCAUUUUAACGUCUUACCAGGAUUAUUCAUUUAUUAAUAAUGUUAUUGAUAGAGAAAUCAGUCCUGACUAUUGCGUUCAAAUUAACGAGAGAUAUCACCUGACAUUUCAUCAUAAUGUUAACGAUAUUUUGGUAAAGUAACUUUGUUAAUAUCAUUUGAUAUUAUUAAUAAAAAAUAUAUAUAUAUAUAUUAUUCAUGUGCGGCGUUAUGCAUAUACACGCGGAUGAUAUGUAUAUUCCAUUAAAUAUAUGUAUACGCACAUAACACUAUGAUUAGUGAAAAAUGGUUAUGUAUGUACACAAAUUUCUAUUAUUCUGUACAAAGUAAUAUAUUUCGAUCAAACUUUGAGUUUUUAAAUUAAAUAAUACAUGUUCUUAGGAUCGUCAUUUUUUUCUAGUAGUAGUAGAAAUGCAUAUUGCCGCGUAAUGCAAUUUUGCAUUAAAAUUUAUUAUGAGAUUAUUCAUAGAAUAUAAUACGAUAUGUAUAUAUUUGUUUUGUUGUUUGUUCCUUUUGUUUUUAUUUGUUUUUA